GUUCGUUUAUUCCAUUUCAAUUUCGAGCGUUUCGAGCAAAAUCAUCCUUGUCUUGCCCAGUGAAGUGUGACUUGAGUUUUCUUUUUCCAUUUUUCUUUUUCCGGCAUUUUCCUCAUGUCCAUUGUCUAUUCUUAUCACAUUUCCAAAUAAAGCUUUUCUCUAGUUUCAGAGUUUCACAAAAGUAAAAAUUCUGUAGGUGAAUAUAAAAUAAUUGUAAAUUUAUUUGCAGAAAAGGUAGGGAACAACAAGGGGGUAACCAACCAACUGCUCCCAAGUUUAAUAAUAAUUCGGGACAAAAUCUGGAAACAUGGAAGCUGGUAAGGAACACAUGGAAUUGGGUGACAAAAAAUCCUAUGCCGGCAUACCCCAAGCUGAAUUUGUGGAUGAUGUCGAUUCUUAUAUGGCACGACCCGAAAACAGCAACUUCGAAGAGGUUCUCAAAAAACUAGACAGUCAACAUGGAAAAUACAAAUUUAUGGAAUAUAAUCUGCAAUCUAAGAAAAAGCGUCUACAAAACCAAGUCCCCGAACUGAAGAGAUCCUUGACCAUGAUUGAAAAAUUGGAAAAUCAAAAAGAAGAAUUCGAAACGCAAUUUCUGCUAAGCGAACAAGUUUUCGCUAAGGCCAAAGUACCGCCAACAAAUAAUGUUUGCUUAUGGCUUGGCGCUAAUGUUAUGUUAGAAUAUACUUUGGAGGAUGCUAAAAAACUGCUAACUCAAAAUAUAAACAUGGCGGAAAAAAAUUUGAGCUUUGUUAAUCAUGAUUUAGAUUUUCUCAGGGAUCAAUUUACAACCACAGAAGUCAACAUGGCAAGAGUUUAUAACUGGGAUGUGAAAAGGCGCCAAGCUCUUGCUGCACAAUCGAAAUGAUAUCAUGGAAGCUUUAUCGUUUAGAUUUUUUUUUGUUAAAUUAUUAACAUUUGGCUAUUUUGUAACUUAAUUAAACCGAAAUUUAAAUAAUUACAUACUCACAAUUACUAUUAUUAAAUAAUUAUUUGAAUAAAAAUUU